AUGGUUCGUAAACUAAAACUUCACGAGCAGAAGCUCUUAAGAAAGACAGAUUUCGUUCAAUGGGAGGUUGAUCAGUUCGGUAAGCAGAAUGAUAUGCUUAGAAGAUUUCACAUUCAAAAGAGAGAACAGUAUUCUAUGUAUAACAAAUUGGCUAGCGAGGCCAGAGCCAUCGCUGAACAGCUGAAGGAGUUACCUUUGAACGAUCCUUUUAGAAACAAGUGUGUAAAGGCAAUGCUCAGCAAAUUUUAUGCCGUCGGAUUGAUCCCCACUGCCGACAGUGCUGAAAGAUUAGGAAAGGUUAGUGGUGCUUCUUUCGCCCGUAGACGCUUGCCAGUGGUUAUGAAGAAUUCAGGAAUGGUAGACAGUAUCAAGACUGCUAGUGAUUUUGUGGAACAGGGCCAUGUACGUGUAGGACAUAAGUUGAUUACUGACCCAGCAUUCGUUGUAACCAGGGCUCAGGAAGAUGCUAUCACAUGGACUAAUGCCAGUAAGAUCAGGCAACACGUUGCUGAAUAUAACAAUAACCGCGAUGACUACGAAUUGGCUUGA